CCAAAUACCAAAUCCCCCCCUUUUUUUUUCCUUCAUUCAUUCAUUCCAAUAAUCACAAACAAACGCCACCCAAAUGGCAUCUUCUUCUUCCUCCGUCACCGCCCUCUUCCUCCUUGUUGUUUUCUCAAUCUUUGCCAUCUCCGCCACCGCCAGACCUUGUAAAACCAUUUUCUUCAUCACCUCUUUUUCUUCGAACAACAUCCCUAAUCUCCAAAACCCUAAUUCCAAUUCCCCACACCGUUUGACUUUCUUCAUCACCGAAAUCCACCGUACCACCUCCGUCCCAAUCCACCACCACAACCACCCAUCUUUCCAAAACGAUGUCGUUCCAUCGUCUUCAAUUCGUGACCGUACCAUGGAUAUCAUGAGCAUCGUCGGCGCCUUGUUGUUCGGCGUCGGCUGCGGUGCGCUUACCGCCGCUACUAUGUACUUGAUCUGGUCUUUGAUCUCCAACAGAGCUGAUGACGAUGAUUAUGUCUCUGAUUGUUCUGAUGAUGAUGAAGAUGACGUCAGCAACAAGAAGGUGACGUAUGAUGGUGGGGAGGCUUAUGUUGCUGUUCCUGUUAAGGAAGUUCCACCUACUGCUGAUGAAGUUGAUGCCAUGAAAUAACUCUCUUGUCGGGUUUAAACAACAAAUGUAUGUCUGUCCAUUUCUGAUUUCUGGUUACUACUCUAUAGGUUUAUCUAUAAUAUAUGUGUAUCUAUGUAUGUACUGAAGGAACUUUAUAAUCUGUUUCUACAUUUACUGAUUGUUGUGUUUGGAUUUUAAGAAUUGCUCUAUAUAAGAGGAAGUUUUUAUA